AUGUCUGAGUCAGAGUCGAUCCGUCUUACUUCACCUCUUGCGCAGCUGUAUGUGCCUCCACCGCCAGACCUGUCCAGCAUGCCACCCUGGACCGUGGCGGCUUGGUGGCAGAUCUUCAGGAUUGUUCUUGCCGAAGUGAUCGGUACGAUGGUCCUCACUUUUGUGUGCACGGCCUACUCGGGCGUGCAUGGUGGCCUCGUUGGUGGCGCCCUGGCUGGAGGCAUCACCCUCUUCAUCAUGAUUUGGCAAUUCGGUUCUGUCUCCGGCGGCCAUGUCAACCCGGCCGUCACGUUGAUCUUCACCAUCCAGCGCCGUCUGUCACUUUUGCACACGCUAUUCUACUUUGCAGCCCAAAUUGUGGGCGGCAUACUCGGUGCCUACAUUGCCAUUGCCUUCCUGCCCGCCGACCAGGUGGCAACGAGACUUGCUGGUAUAACCCAGCCCGGCAAGGGCAUCAGUCCUGGACAGGCUCUCGGUAUGGAGGCCUUCUCAACGGGCGUUGUCAUCCUUCUGGCCACACUUGAUCUGGACGAGUUGAGGCGUGACUGCGACCAUUUCAGAGUGGCUUUAACCGUCGGUCUGGAGGUGAUGGCAUUCGCUCUGGUCUUUGUAAGUCCAGUCUCUCUAAAAGAAACGUUCGUUCAAUCCAUAAUUAUGUUGAUAUGCAUAGCUUUUGAGAAAAUGUUUGGCUAA